AUGAACAGGCUCGGCACUGAAGUGGUGCACGAGAUUUGUACCAAUCAGGUGGUGGUUACAUUGCAGGCCUGCGUGAAAGAGCUCGUCGAAAACUCAUUGGAUGCCGGUGCCUCGAGGGUGGAGGUUCGCCUCCGCGAAUCUGGGGCUGAGCUGCUGGAGGUGGUCGACGAUGGCAGAGGCAUCAGUCCGGACGAUUACGACAAGGUCGCGGCCAGACAUGCGACUUCCAAGAUUCGGAAGUACCAAGAUUUGAGUUCUGAUGUCUUCUCGACAUUCGGUUUUCGCGGAGAAGCACUGUCUGCCAUAUGCGCCAUGGGCGACAUGACGAUAGCUACGAAAACUGCCAACGAGUCAGCAGCUUCAUUGCUGUCUUAUGACCGCUUCGGCAGACUGGUUUCACGGAAUGCCCUCGCACGGGAGACAGGCACCACUGUCUCGGUGCGGGAGCUCUUCAAACGGUUGCCUGUGCGGCACCGGGAAUUUCAGAAGAAUGCCAAGGCGCAGGUCGGGGCCACACUCCGCCUCAUUCAAGCCUAUGCUGUCGCUCAGCCACAGGUUCGGUUCAGCGUGGUCUCCGAGAAAUUGCGUGGGCCUGGCAGCGGUCGAACCACGUUGAUGUCCACAUCAGGUACAGCGCGAAACUGGACGCAGGCCGCGGCUGCCGUGCUGGGCGAUGCAGCGCUGUCGGGAGUGCUCACGAUUGCCGCCACUCUGGAGGGCUGGGAGGUGGAAGGCCUGAUUUCUCCGCCCUUCGGUGGCCGGCGAAGCCGGGAUGCGCAGCUCUUCUUCGUGAACCGCCGGCCGGUGGAUCCCCCGAAGCGCAUCGCCAAGCUCAUCAAUGACACCUACCACCAGUACAACUCGAGGGCGUGGCCUUUGGUUAUUCUGGCUUUUACGGCACCUCAAGGCAUGGUGGACGUCAAUGUCACGCCCGACAAGAAGACCGUCUUCCUCCACCACGAGGAAGCCUUGCUUGGUGAGCUGCAGAAGUCCCUUACGCAGGUGCUGUCUGCCGGGCCCGACACUUCCCAACGCGGCCUUUGCAACUUUGGCAUUGUGCCCGUGCUGAAGGAUACUACCAUCUCCUUGAAGGCGGAGGAGGUGCCUGCAGAGUUGCCGAGCACUCUUCCUCCGAAGCUGCCGGAGCCUUCCGUGCGCCUUUCCAGCGAGGAGACGCGUCGGAAUCGGGACUUGGAAGCUCUGCCGGGGACGGAGCUCGCGACCCCGGCGGAACCCAGGCCCGUGCAAGACUUCCCAGUGCUGCAAACCUUGACAGCGGAAGUGGACGCAGAGGGCUCGUGCAUCAUCGAAUUUCAGGAGGAAGCUCCUUCCCAUGCACAGGCAGAGGAGGCCGCGCGGCGACCAGAUGUAUCGACAGGGGCUGACCUGGAUCUGCCUUCCCGGCGCUCCGUCUGGAAGUCGCUCAAACGAAGGCACAGCGAGACCAGCGAGGAGUUGCCAGGGGUGGAGGUCAUCGAGCUUCAGGACGAAGCGGGAAUGUCCGAAGAGGAGCAGGCGCCGUCUGUGGAGCCUGCCCUGAUGCCCGUGCCCAUGGAAGGAGUGGACGACCCUGACCUUGACGUGCAGGAGUAUGUUCUCGACACCUCGCAGAAGUCCGAGGCGUCUGUCGACGGUGCCCUCGUCAAGCAAGAGGAUCCGGUCGCCGAUCCCAGCCGCUACAAAGCAUCGAAGGCAAUCGGCUGCAGCUUUAUGUCGCCGAUCCAGCUGGAAGGCCUCCGCCGGUCCACCGCGGCGCGACGCAUGCGACGCCGCGCGCUCCGUGCCGAGAUGCCCUCCGACCUGGCCUCCGCAGCGACAGCCGCUACCUCGAGCAAGCAGUUUCCGAGGGCCUUCUCCCUUGCCCAGCUGGGCCACGGGAGCGCGGAAGGCGUGUCCGUGGAGGAAGUUGCCAGCUGUGGUGUUUCCAAUCUCAGGUUUGACAAGACCUGCUUUUCCAAGAUGCGCGUGGUUGGCCAGUUCAACCUUGGCUUCAUCAUCGCUGCGCUGCCUCAGAAGCAGGGCGAUGGUCAGGGUCACCUGCCAGGUGACCUCCAGCUGUUCAUCGUGGAUCAGCAUGCCUCUGACGAGAAGUUCCGUUUCGAGGCACUGAACCGGGAAACUCGCCUCGAUCGGCAGCCCCUGGUGACGCCUCACCCUCUGCAGUUGACGCCGGCCCAGGAGCAGCUGGCCGAGGCCCAUGCGGAGGUCUUCCGCAUGAAUGGCUUCGAGCUGAAGAAGGAUGAGGCGCAGCCGCCUGGGCGAAGGCUUCGAGCCACUACGUUGCCCAGUUGUCAGGGACUGGUCUUCAACGACAAGGACAUUCAUGACCUCCUGUACAAGCUGGAGGAGGCAGAGGUGUCAGAGAACUUGACGCAGUCCGACCACGCAGGGCUCCUGGACCUCUCCGGGCAUCGGGCACUUUGGAGCGCGACUGCUGCGCCCAGGCCACAGAAGGUUUGGAUGCUACUUGCAUCCCGCGCCUGCCGAUAUGCGACCAUGAUUGGGAAGGCCCUGCGCAUCCCGGACAUGGAGAGGAUUCUGCGGAAUCUAGGCGAGUCUGGUGAUGUUCUGGUAGCGCACUCUCCAACAGCCGUGGAACUGCCCGCACGGGCGGCCGACGAUGCGGCACCUCGUCGACACGAGCAGCGCCAAGAAGGCGCCGCGCCCUCGGACACCGCUGUUUGCAGGCCGCCCGGAGGCUCGCAAGCCCCUGGGGCUGCAAACUUGCACUUGGAGCUGCGACGGGAUGAAAGCCACUGGUACAUGACAUGCAUGAAGAUUGAAGAGGAUGCGAGGGUUCCACUGGCCGAGGCCGAGCGCGCGACAGCCGCGGCCGCAGCGUUCGCAGCUUUCAGAGCGACUGCCGCGGCCUUCUGGAGCCUCCAGGACCUUGGGAAAAGCCUGUCCGUGGAGGUGAACCCGGAUUCGCCAGCUACCAGCAGCACUCGCCCAAAGCCUGGCACAGGUGCUGCUUUGAUGGGCUCUCCGAAUCCGCUCCCACCCCAAAGUAGAGUGUUCGUGAACAUGGUCAAGACGACCGUGGAUCAUUUUCAGGAAGUCGCGGCAACAUCGACGAGCCUUUCAGCUGCAGGCUACCGGCCUGUCCCACAUGUGCCAGUGUCUCGCAUCUCCACCAUGGAUGAGUUUGAGCAAACGCUAGAGAUGCUGAGACAAGCUGGUGCGACGGAGAUGCUUCUGAUCGGUGGCAACGACAUACGCGAGCGGCAGGAGCGCGGCGAGCUGUUGUACAGUAGCGUCGCCGAGCUUCUCCAGGCAGAGGGUCCUCGCCUGCGUGCUGCGGGCAUCCGCCUUGUAGCCCUCGCCGGGCUGCCGGACAGCCCCACCUGGCGAGGAUGGAACGAGCAGGUCGCCACCAAAGUACUCUUGGAAAAGGUGCGCCUUGGCUUGGAAGCCGGUCUUGACGUUGAGGUGGUGACGCAGUUUUGCUUCAACCCAUCCAAGCUGUUGCGCUGGCUGACACGAAUGAACUCUGCCAUGGAGGAGCUGCGCUUGGGCUUUGGAAACGACCGGAGCACCCGACUCUGCGUGGGACUGCCUGGUCCCACGAAGCACAGCAGGCUGCUGCGGAUAUCAGAGAUUUGCCAGGUGCCGAGCAGCUAUGCCUCGGUGUCAAUGUUCCGCAGAAUCCUGGGCAAGGAGCUCGGUGGGCCUGCCGACUUCUCUUGCUUGGGCCAGCCGCUCAGGGGCGCUGCCGAAGCGAGGGCUGGCGGAAUGAAGCUGGGCCCGCCGGAGCUGGCAGUGCUGCUGGCACAGCUCUCAAAGAUGGAGCUGGAGACGAGUUCUGAGCCGACUCCGACGUCUGCCGAUGCUCUGGGCCCUUCAGCCUUCGUGGCCUCAGAGGCACCUGAUGUCACGAACGAGGAGGAUCUCAUCUUUCCGGAGGACUUGCUCUGGUCCGUGGCGGCAUUCGCCCAGGAAUCGAGAGCACCUGUGUCUGUCAACCUCUAUCCAUUUGGCGGCCUCGCGCAGACUCUUACUAUGGCUGAGGCACUGAGGUCUGGCUGCUGGUCGACUCCUCGAACUCCACGCACAUGA